AGAAGAGGAGGGUGAGAGCGAGAGCGCGAACGCUGCGCAGGCGCAGUUCGGUCAGCGAGAGAGCGAGCCUGAGGAGCGCCCUUUCUUGCGGAUUAAUCCCUCGCUCUCUUUCUCUCUCUCUCCUCCCCCUCCCUCCUCCUCCUCCUCCCUCCUCCCCCCUCAACGGAGCGCGCGCGCCAUGGACGUGAAGCGGCUGAAGGUGACGGAGCUGCGGGCCGAGCUCGGGCGGAGAGGCCUGGAUUCCCGCGGCCUGAAAGUGGAGCUGGCCCAGCGCCUCCAGGAGGCCCUGGACGCCGAGAUGUUGGCCGCCGGGCCUGACGAAGGCGGACCGGAGUCGGCCGGGGUGGCGGCCGGGCAGAGCCUCGCCAGGGCCCGCUUGGCAGGCGGCGGCGGCGGCGGCGGCGGCGAGAACGACGACGACGACGAAGAGGAGGACGAAGAAGAAGACGAGGAGGACGAGGAAGAGGAGGACGAGGAGGCGCUGCUGGCCGACGAGGAGGAGCCGAUGCAGGCGGAGCCGGCCGCGGGGGACGACGGCCAGGCCCUGCCUCAGCCCGCCGGGGAGCAAGGCGAAGGCCAGGCCCAGGCGGGCGGCGGCGGCGUCAACGGCGCUGAGCGGCCCCAGGAGGAAGGAGGCGGCGGCGGCGGCGGCAGCGAAAGGCCCAGCGGGGACGAAGCGCCGGGAGACGCCGAGGCCAAACAAGGAGACGAGCAGGCGGCAAACGAAGAUGAUGAGAAAGCAAAGCAAGCGGGUUCAGAUGGAGAACGCCGCGGGCUAAAAAGACAGCGUGAAGAGAAGGAAGAGCACGGCCGUGCUUAUUACGAGUUCCGAGAAGAGGCAUACAAUAGCCGAUCCAAGUCUCCACCACCACCAGAAGAGGAGCCUCGAGAAGAUGACGAUGAGAAUGCUGUGAUUCUGGACACCUAUACAUCUGAUCUCCACUUCAGAGCUACCAAGGACCGUUAUGGAGGGCAACCGUUGUUCUCAGAGAAAUUCCCUAACCUUUGGUCAGGAGCAAGAAGCACACAUGGAGUGAAAAAGGGGAAAGUCUGCUUUGAGGCAAAGUGGAGCCCAGCCCCUUGGUUUACUGCGGAGCUGGGUGACAUGAAGAGGGCCGGGAGACGUCUAGAGCGGCGUUGGCGGAAAACUAAGAGUGAAUCCGACAGAGCGUGCUAUAGAGCUCAUUGGAAGACCUAUGAGGCGGCGCUGACAGCGGCAAAGAAAGCCUACUUCUCAACCAAUGAAUCAACUAGUUCGCGACCAGCUCAGUUUGUGAAGGUGGCCAAAACCCUCCCAUUGAAGGAAGGCUGCACAGAGAACUCGCUGCUUCGCGUCGGAUGGUCCGUCGAUCACUCUCGUACACAGCUAGGUGAGGAUGAGUUUUCUUAUGGCUAUGACGGACGAGGGUUGAAGGCUGAAAAUGGGCAGUUCGAAGAAUUUGGUCAGCCCUUUGGAGAGAACGAUGUGAUCAGUUGCUUUGCUAACUUUGAAACUGAAGAGGUAGAGCUCUCCUUCUCCAAGAAUGGGGAGGACCUGGGUGUGGCCUUCCGGAUCAGCAAGGAAUCUCUAGGUGAUAGAGCUUUGCUGCCGCACGUGCUGUGCAAGAACUGUGUUGUGGAGAUGAACUUCGGCCAGAAUGAAGAGCCUUUCUUCCCAGUUCCUGAGGACUUUGUGUUCAUUAAUGCUGUCCCUGUUGAGGAUCGUGUACGCACUCCUCUGCCACCCAAGACCUCUGAGGAGUGUGAGGUGCUGUUAAUGGUUGGGCUGCCAGGAUGUGGGAAAACCCAGUGGGCACAUAAGCACACCCAGGAGAAUCUAGACAAACGCUACAACAUCUUGGGGACAGAUGCUGUUCUCCUCCAGAUGAGAACAAAGGGACCUGAAGUCGAAGAACUGGACACCAAGAGUCAAGAUCAGCUCAUUCAGCAAGCUGCCCGUUGUGUUAGCAAGCUGGUCCAGAUUGCCCCCAGGACAAAAAGGAACUUCAUUCUUGACCAGUGUAAUGUGUACAAUUCCGGCCAACGGAGGAAGCUGCUUAACUUCAAAGGGUUCUCACGCAAGGUGAUUUUAAUCGUCCCCAACGAAGAGGACUGGAAACAGAGGCUGGAACUGAGGAAGGAGACUGAGAAGGAUGAUGUGCCUGAGUCAGUGAUGCUGGAGAUGAAAGCCAACUUCUCUCUUCCGGAGAAGUGUGACUACAUCGAUGAAGUCCUAUACCAAGAGCUUUCGAAGGAAGAGGCUCAGCCCUUGGUCACUAAGUACAAGGAGGAGGCCAGGAAACUACUUCCGCCCUCUGAGAAACGAACAAGCAGACGCAACAACCGCAACAAACGCAAUCGCCAGAACCGCAACCGUGGCCAGGGAUAUGCUCAGCCCAGGCAUCCAAGUAUGCAGCACCCCCCCGGGCUGCUGUUUGGUGGACAGCGCCGAGGUUACGACAAUCGGGUGUAUGGGCAGCAGCAGCAGUACUGGGGGCAGCCUGGGAAUAGAGGUGGCUACCGCAACUUCUAUGACAGAUACAGGGGGGAUUACCGGGGGUUCUAUGGACGCGAUGAUUACAACAGAUACUACAACAGGGACUACUACAGGGACUACAAUCGGGAGUGGCAGAACUACUACCAAGACAGAGACCGAUAUUACAGGAACUACUAUGGUGGAUACCAGGGGUAUCGGUGAAACCCCAGUCAUCGUCACCCUUCAGCCAAGCAACAAGAUUCUACUAAGGGGAAGUGUCUCUCAUUUCCCAGGAUGCAACCAAUGGAAACAGGGCUGUUGGGAGAGAGGCAGCAGGGGCAAAGGGGGCGGGGGAGGGGGGGAGGUUUAAAAAAAAAAGAAAUUGUAAAUUUUUUUAAAAGUUUGUUGAAAGAAUAUUGUCUUAUUCUAUAAAAAAAGAAAAAAAACAUUUCAAACCUAGUUUAGACAUUUGUAAUCAAAAUGUUUGCGCGAAGAGGAAAGCAGCACUUAGCGCUGCCUGUGAUUGGACAGGAAAACAUGACAUCAUAGAGUAGCUGGACUGGCAGCCAGGCAGGGGAGGGGGAGGCACAGGGCUCACAGGAGAUCCUCUCUGAGGGCACAUAGGUGAGGGAAUGCCGGGGGAAAGGCGGCCAUGCAGAUGGGGUAUACAUUUUGACCUUUUUUUUGCAAAAACUUUAGGGGUUCUUGUCUGCCACUUUGUUUUUGUUUUGGUGGGUGGGCAGUGGUAUAAAUUCUCUUCAUGCCAGGUAAACAGGGAGACCUCUUCCAUAUUGGAGACAUGGAGAAGGUGGUCAUGGUGCUCCCUUUCCCUCUCUCUGGGUGUUUGACCUGUUUUUUUUCAGACAGUGAAUUGCUGGGAGGCUUGUAUGGGCAUUGUGUGUCCCAGGACAGAGGCUUCUCUUGAGCAUCUCCGUACUCUCCCAGGAGUCUUCCGUGACAUCUUAGUGUGAUACUGUGAUCCAUCUAAUAGAAGGAAGUGCAGGAAGUCCUUGCCUUGUUUUCCAUGGCCAAAGCAGGCUGCCUUGGGUGGUCCCCCUUGCACAAGCAUACACCCUUCCUCCCAAAGCUUAGCUGACCCCUUUCUCUCUCUGUAGCAUCUAUGCUCUUGUUAGUGGAGUGGAAAGGAACAUUUUUUUCUCAGGGUUUCUGCAGGAUCUUCUCAUUGUUAGCACCUAACAUGUAUAUAGGCAAAGUUGUGCAAGCAUGUAAUCAUCACCUUUUGAGGAGCUUAGCGCUGAGAAUAGCAACAAUUUUAUACUAUCAGUGUAGGGGGGGGGAGCUGUCUGGGGGUGAGAGGACACAAUUCACUCAAUGCUUGUUGUGGUUUUGCUAAACUUGGUAGGCUCUGUAUAUAGGAAACUAAGUGGGAAAGGGGGCCGAAAGAGGGACUACGCUUCUUUAGGGGGGUGGGGGAAAGUUGUAUGUGCCCCUUGCUUGAAAAAGUUAACUUUCUGAAACCUUGCCCUUUGUAAAGUUCAGUUCUCAGAAGGUUUGAGGGUGUAAACUGUGGGCUUCUAUUGAAAGGCUCCCUUUUUUCCCUGAUUGGUGUGCCCCAGUACCUGAAGUGUUCUCUUUGGUGUUUGUCUGAUUAUGUGGAGGAAGACGACUAUCCCUUCACAGUAGCCAAGUGGGUUGGUUCAGUGGCUGGUAUCCUUUUCUUGCUUUUUUGUUUUUUGCAUUUUUUUUUCAGGUGGCAGGGGAAAGAAGAUUAAUUUUGUUCCUCAUCCUGAAACUUGGGGAUCUGAUCACUAAUGUUUCUUCCUGCCAAUCUUGGUAUUGGGGGUGAGGGUGGGGGUUCUGCGACAGGAUGCCCUUCCCUCAUGGAUGUGAAUGGUGUAAAUUUCCCUGGUUUCUGGAUCCCAACUGCCUCCAGCUUAGCUAAUUAUGUCUGAUUCCCCUGCCACAGGGACUGAAGAUUUGCCUCUAUUCCUUGUGAUUCACUGUUUGAAAUUCAAACUUUUUAAAUUUUCCUUUAAAAAUUUGGUUUUUUAAGAAUAUGCUCAAAAGCCUUUGUAAGUUGCUCUGUCUCCCUCCCCAUGAAAAUGCUAAUUUCCUGCAUCCCAGCUGGGCAAAAGAAUGGGGGCCUGCCAGCUCCAGAAGGCAUUGAUAAGAUAAGGGGGCAGAGGGAAGGGGGAAGGCAGCUGUCUCCCAGCCUUCUUGCCCUUUUUCAAACUUAGGAGCUAGAGAGAAGCAGGAUUCUUCUAUCUCCAUGCAUGUGUGUAUUCAGAAUGUUUGAUUGUGUGACAACUGUUUUUAUAACAAAGUUAAACUGGUAUUUUAAAUGCUUCAGGCCAUUAGAAAAUAUUCUUCUGGGGAAAAAGGUGGGAGGGGUGUGUGUGUGAGAGCGAGCGCAGAAAUCUUCAGUAGCUGAACACUCGCGUGGGUGUGUGAUGGCUUGAUGCUAUGAAACAAUUAUUUGAGGUGGACUUUCCAGCAUAUUGGGGCAUCGGCAGCCCUGAUGUAAGCAAGCAGGUCCUCAGGUGUACCUUUCAAGAUCUCGCAGGACAAAGGUGGAACCAGCACCGGGCCCAGAUUAGCUUCAACAACUUUGGGAAGUGGCUGUCACAGUUAAACGGAAUAGCUUUCAGAGCUACAGUACUUUCUCUUUCUGGGGGGAAUGACUAAAACUGCUGCAUCCUAGACCAUCAGAAUGAGAGCUCUUGGCAACUUCAGUAGAUGUCUUCUUUUUUUCUGCACAUUUUUGUUUUAAAAAAAAAUAAUUAAAUGGUAAAAAAUUACAAAAAAAAAUCCAGCCUGUUUAAAAUCUGUUAGUGUUUUUCAUGAUUGUAUGUCUUAGUUGCUGUAGAUGGAAAGCUCGAGCGAAACGGAGGCUGUAAAAUGUUUUUACAAACUGUAAAACGUUUAAGUGGCCAGUAAAAAGGGUUUUGCCAUUGGACAUGUAACUGUGUGGUUGUUUACAUCUGUAACUUUCUUUCCUUAACAAUUCUGGCAUAUGUAGGUUGAUAAACUUCCAUUUUUAGAAUAAAUAACCAUUCGCUUGACUCCACAUCUUUCUGUUGCUGCACUGACUUCUUAGGUGUCGUUAUGCUAUUUGCUCGUCUUUUCUCCCUACCCCAAUAAAAAAAGUGAAAAA